AGAUUAAUCGCUCUUCUAAUACUGGUCUUUAUCUAUGAUUCGCUUGAGACGUAAAGUAUCUGGCAACCCUGUUAUAAGUUAUCCAUAUUUCUUCCAUCUUUGUUACUUCCUUUUAAAACAAUUUGUGGAAGCAGAAGCCCUAUAGAUAACAAAUUGAUUCUUUCUAAUUUAAUUAAUACCUAGAACUCUAAUUCACCAUGAAAUACCUUGCAUCCGAAAAUGUGUGGCUCUCCAAAAAUGUAUAUGAAGACGCGGAGACGGCUUACUAUGAGAAAUUAUCCAAGGAAUCCUUAACACCUUUGGCUCAAGAGGUGGCGAAAGCACGGCAGAAGUUAAUCAAGUGUAGGGACACAUUUUCUGAUGACUUUGCUAGUGCUUCAAGUGCUGGCAACAUUGACACCGGAGCUUUCAAGUUUAUUGAAAAGAAAAUUGUUGAUUUUGAAAAAUCGUUAGAUCAAGUUUUUGAACAACUGAAAUCUUUAGCCUUGAGAGUGUCUGCUGUAGAGAAAUUAUCUAGCUCAUCCCAAUCUGUGCAUGAAAUCAACUUGAAUCAGCAGCCCCAGAUCAAUCCAGAAGCUUCUAAAGCUGAUGAUGAUGAUGAUGUAGACUUGUUUGCUUCGGAUUCUGAAGAAGAAUCCAAUGAAGCCUCUAAAAUCAGAGAAGAAAGAUUAGCGGCGUAUGCAGCCAAAAAGUCCAAAAAACCAGCCCUUAUCGCCAAGUCCAAUAUCAUUCUGGACGUAAAGCCCUGGGAUGACGAAACCGAUUUAAAAUUAAUGGAAUCCAGUGUUAGAAAAAUUGAGUUAGAUGGUCUGCUGUGGGGAGCUUCAAAACUUGUGCCUUUAGCUUAUGGGAUUAAAAAAUUGCAAAUUUCAUGUGUUGUGGAAGACGACAAGGUGUCUAUUGAUUGGCUCACCGAACAAAUUGAAGCAAUUGAAGAACUUGUUCAAAGUGUCGACAUUGCUGCCUUCAAUAAAAUAUAGUCAAUUAACUGGAAUUUGUUUGUUUAUGUUUGAAGCGUAAAUAAACUUAUUUUGAUCAA